AAUAUUCUAAAAUAUAUAAGGAAUAAUCAAAGAUUCUGAAAGACAGAAAUAAUUGAAGAUUUUGAUAGAAAAACUUAUGUAAUCAUUGUAGCAUUAUUUCUCCAUGACCGUCGAGGUAUAAGAACAAACGAGACGUCUUCUGAAAUUCCAAGAUGCUGUUGGAAUAUGAGAAGGACAGAAAAAACACAAACAAAAAUUCUAAAAAAUAAAUAAUUAUCUAAGACGACUUCAGUUCCUGGAAAUGCUGGAAAUAAUGCUCCGGUUCUGUCAUGAAGUGAAUGUCCGUAAAAUUGCAUCUGUUGGUUCCAGUUUUAGGGCAUCUUCAGUAUGUUCUAUCAAUGAUCUUUUACACCAGUCGUUUAGACUGUGGCCAGGCAAAAUUCCUCAGUGUUAUCUGAGUUCAAAUCCCUUUCCUGGUCACAAGAGAAAGAAUGACCCCGUUCAUCUCGAGAAUUACAACAUUUUAAAUGUCAGCCACGAAAGCUCCGCAGAAGAAGUACGAGAAGCUUAUAUACGGCUUGCGAAAAAGUUUCAUCCAGACAGUGGAUCGGAGAAUGCCAACCCCCAAAAAUUUGCCCAGAUCCAAGAUGCUUAUUACUCAAUUAUGAGGAACUUACAACAGAAUCCGGUUUCCAAACCAGAAAUACCUUUAGAAGAUGAAGAUAGAGAGAAAAUCGAACGUCUGUCUCCACACCAUCGACAUUACCUCAGCUUUGAAGGAGUCGGCAGUGGAACCCCUACCAGGAGGGAGAAACAAUAUCGGCAACAUCAAAUAAGACGAGCAGCGGAGAAUAUCAUUCAGUACAGGAUUGAGAAGUACGGAGAAACGGAGGACAGUGCCAUGGUUGUGAAGGACAAGAAAGCAACAAGAAAGCACAAAAUAAGCCAUUUCAAUGGCUAUAGAAAAUCUAUUCCCAUUGAAAGAGCCUCACAGAGGAUGUGGAAAGACAAAAAUUUUCGAGAAAAUAAGAGAAAGCUUAAUGGACAGCAGCAACCAGCAGAGAAUGUGUUUGUAGAUUUUAAUAUCACACUUUCAAAAUACAACAAAAACUAG